UCCGCGCGCGACGCAUCGAGGGUUUUACUACUUGCUCGCUCGGUCGGCAACAGCGGCGGCGGCGCGACGGCACGGUUGACUCCGCGAGACAAGAGCCACGUGCGUGCGUUUCGUGUGCAACGGCAGUGAAAAGUGCGUGUGUCUCACGAACGUGCGUUACGCGUGGACGCGCAUGUUGCCCGAGACUGAUCGAGAUUGGAUUUUCGAGCGGAUGCCUCGGGGAUACGAGAGACGCUUCUCUCAUUUAAAAACGUAUCUAUUUUAGAUCACAUUCGGAUGAGAAAUUAAUUGGAUGUGAGUGUGUGCAGCACGAUCUGCAAAAGUGGUUAUUUUCUCGAGUGUCAGAAUUUUCCCGAAUUCCCGACGAGUGUAUAUCGGCGGAAAAACAAGAAGCGCAAUCGAGAACUAUCGCCCGAGGAAGUGUUAAGUGGAAAAGAUCCGUGUGUGCGCGGACAAACUAAAUAAGCGGCGCGUACGCUCACGUGAGAGCCCGGCAGAACGUUAAAUGAAUGUUGUUGCGGUGGACGCUGGCGAUCGCGACGGGAAAAUCGAGGGGGCACCGCAGGAUCGCUCGAUUUAAAUUCAUAGAUGUGCGAGCGGACGGGCCCACAAUGGUGGCUCGGCUCCCGCAACAAGUUCUGCUACUACUCGUACUCGUUACUGGAGCGUCCACGGGAGAGACCGAGGAUCCACGGUGGAGCACGUACAGCGCUCGGAAAACGAGUCGAUCCUCGCCGUCGCGAUCCUGGCCGUCCUCGAGUCUUGAGCACGCCGCGAGAGAAACCAGACUCUCGAACGGCAAGCUUCCGGAAACUACUCCUUGGAGCGUAGACAGAUCGAGCCCCGGAACUCGAUCGGACCUGAGUUUCCUCCGAACGGUGGUCGAGAGGUCCGAGGAGGAUGAGGACGAAAGGAGAGUGCGGUCGCUGGGGGGCAACGACACGAGGAUCACACGCCAUAACCCGUCCAUCUCUUCCAGGAGCGAUGAAACGAGCCAGACGGAUCCGUCCAAUCGGACUUCCAUCGAAUCGUCAUCCCCGCAGUCAUCGACGAUUGGCUAUCACCUCGCGAAGACUUCAUCAUUUCCUCGAAGCUCCCAUGACAUAGUGCCAACGCCCGAGAUACGACUAUUGGAUGAGACGCUUUCGCGUGACAACUUGGAAAAUACGACGCGAAUGGCAAUGGAUACGAAAGGCGUCGCGAUGCCACGACGUCACAUGAGACACGUCGCAGACAAAUGUGAGAAGUUUCAACUCGGAGAUCCAACGAAGCAGGAGUUUUAUAGUCCGAAUUAUCCUGAACUGUAUCCGAACCAAACUGACUGUGUUCGAGUUUUGGAAGCUGACAAAGGUAUGCUGUUGAAACUCGACUUUCGAGACGAGUUUAAGCUCGAAGACAGCCCGGAUUGCCGUUUCGAUUUCCUUGAGGUACGUGACGGCCAGCACGGUUACUCUAAUCUCCUCGGCAACUUCUGUGGCACGAAUUUUCCCCCCGAGAUCACAUCGAAGACACGGUACCUCUGGCUGCGAUUCCACAGCGACGAGAAUAUCGAGGGCAAGGGCUUCAAGGCUGUGUGGAACAUGAUACCGAGACCGACUUAUCCGGGCGUGCCACCGGAGCCAGAACCAUGCUUAGUUAACGUGACGGGUACGCAGGCGAUAAUUCAGAACAACGACGUCAAAGACAGGAGAAUCCAGGCCGAGAAAGAGGGACUCGCGUUAGACUGCAUGUGGAUCAUUCGUGUGAAAGAAGGAUGGAAGAUCCAGCUGACGUUCCAAGAUUUCAAACUACAGCGGCCGAAUGAAUGUGAGGCGAACUUCGUGGACAUAUUCAGGGAACACACGGACAUACCCUCGAGAGAAAGGAUUUUCUGCGGCAGCAUUGCCGACACCGUCGUCAUUCAAACCAGUAUCGCUCACUUGAGAUUCUACGCGGAACCGAAAGCUAUGAACAGUUCCUUCGAAGCGGUGAUGACCGCCGUCAGGGACAAGGAGAGCGGCGAGAAAUCCUGCAAUGUGGAUGAAUACGAUUGUGAGGAUGCGACGUGCAUCGCCGCGGAAUUGGAGUGCAAUGGAAGGGUGAACUGCCGCUUUCGAUGGGACGAAGACGAGACGAAAUGCGAGAAGAAGAAGUCACGGUUGAUCGAUUCGCAGCAUAUCGUCAUAAUUCUCGUCGUUUUCUCCCUAAUUAUGUUUGGCAUGAGCUUCGCCUUCGUCUUCAAUUGCGUCCGGAAACUCAUCCGCGAUCAUCGCAUUAUCCAGGAGCACAUAAGGCAAUCUAGAGAGAAUCGCUUGGAUGAACUAGGUCGAAAGUCGACGCCGUGCCCCAUCUCGACUUCCAGAACGGAUUUGCGCGAUCGCGGCAGCGAGUCGCCCAGCUUGGAAGUUUUACCUAGCAAGGAACUUAUACCACCCACCACUCUAAUACCGCAGGAGUACACCAAAGAUCUCGUCCUCGAAAUGACGUACAAUACGAGCGACAUCACCGACAUCCACCAGAGCAAUAAUGUGAGUAACGCUACGCAGGAACGCCUGCAAGAAUCUAGCGAGGAGCCGGAGAUGCGCGACAAUUGCUGCCAGACCAGAGAGAGCCUUUUCGAACCGCGGAUACCGGACGCGGUCACGCCGCUGGGCUUCACGACCUUCGGCAUACGCCCACCAAGCUCUCAGAACGGGACCAAUCAUCACCAUCACCAUCACCAUCAUCAUCAUCAUCAACUGAGUCCGCAGCGAUCGCACCAGAGUGCCCAAUCCUCGCAGCCGACCCUGCAAUCGUCGCAACAGAGUUCGCAGCAGAGCGCCUCUCAGUGCUCCGGCUGCAGUCCAGCGUCCCGCGGACGGGACGGCAGUAUGGGCAUCUGCCCGAAGCACAAUCCUAUACCGGCGCCACCCGGCUGGUCCACGCACGAGUCCAGCUAUCCACUGCCGCAGUCUGCUCAAUAUCCAGAGCAAUUAGAUUACCCGUCCUAUCAGAGGUUCCAGAGCCCUAAACCCAGCAGGGAGCCUAACAAUGUUUAUCGACAAUCGCCUAAGUUCACGCGACAAACUACCGGCGGUUCCGGCGAGAGGUAUGGCAGUUCCAUGUAUGGAUCCGGUCACGCUUCCAGUAACACCACAUCCAGCACGUCGCAACACUCGUCCGGUAACACACCUACCAAACGACAGCCUCAGCCGGAUCCGAGAUACCGGGCGGAAGCGGUGAUCGAGGUGGAUCAAAGGCGGCCAUUCAGCAUAGAGAGCACGAAGAGCGCCCCGGAUGUAAUCGCGACACACUGACGCCGGGGUCCUGGGGAUUGGGAGCCCUACAAGAGACGCCAUCCCCGUCAAUUUUAUUCGGCGGCGACUCGUAGCGACAGUGUUAAUAAAGUGACCGUCGCCACGCAGAGCUCCCUCGACGACGACGCCUCAACGAGUUCCACUGUGGAAGCGAACUCCUCCUCCUGAUCCACGUGUCGCGACGCGUUCGAUCGCAAGAAAUCGAACGAGAAUUUGCCCGUGGCCGAUGAUUCCUGUGAAUCGUCGAGAAUCGGCCAGAUUGGCGAGAGAUAUGUCAAAGAAUCUGCGAAGGAAUCAACUAGAGUAAAAGAAUCGGCAACAGUCAUUGAUUUAUCAAAUUCGAACAACGUUAAUGCAAAGUCUCGGAUUGACGGUCCUUCCACUUUGCACUCGAUAAGUCGCGUUGGCUGCACGACUGCAGGCGAUUCGCCGAUUUCGGGAUCGCGGCGAGCGAAAGCAGCCUUGAAACUGCACGAUUUGCCGAUUCUGCAACCGCCGGAGGGCUUUAGGGUUCCCAUAUUCAGGUGCAGAACUCCAUCUCUUUCCUGGCAACAUUGCGGGUGUCUCUCGCAUACACACCUGCCGCCGCGGCAAUCCUCGAUCACCUGGAGUGCCUUUGAGCGAUGCAACAUGGAUCCAAUGUAUCGCACUUGGCCUAAUCGAGCCGCGAGGAGAUUUGGAGGGCCCUCGAGGAGAACGGUCGGUACUCAGAGUUCCCUAGAUGGCGUCAGAUCGUCUCUCGGCAUUCUUCGAUGCGUCGUCAGGUCGAUCGAUAUGACGGAGAAAUCGUUCGAUCAAGAGAUCGGAGCCUCUAUACCUUUCUAGUGUUUGUUUUACAGUUUGCUUCGCAGCACGGGCGACUUCGUGUCGACAUUUCUGUACAAUAAUGCGCACACGCUUCGAGUCUAUGUGCGAAUCGCCGUUUUCCCGAGGAACAACGUGAACUCUUUCGAGCGCGGGCUCGACGUUAGCCGUGUCGUCGCUAAGGCGAUAGGAGAGUGUAUCAAUCAUGUACAUAGCUGCGGUACCUAACUUAGUGCGAUCCAAAGUGACGACUGUACACGUUCAAAACUUCACAGUCGAAACACCCGUUUCCUAGCAAAGGAGAUAAAAAUAAAAGAAAAACAUAGUGUUGCAACCAUUGAGUGGUCCAUAUAAGUAAGACAGUCUCUUGGUGAUAUCACAAAUUUGUAACGGAAACCGCUCGCGAAAAUCAUGCAUUUCGCCACGUAAAUAUCGCGAACGACAAUCACUGCCUUUCGCGUUAUCUGCGAGACGGACGAGAUGUGAAAAUGGAGCGAAAAAAAGAGCCGGAUCGUAGCUUAAUCUUCGGGCUAGUACUUAAGAGCGAUUAAAUCGAGUAGCUUGAAACAUUCGUGAUACACGAUGGAAAAAAAGAGGAGAGGAAGAGACGCACCGUCGAUUCCGGAAAAAGAUGGAAAGAUACUUUCGCUGUUGAACUUGCACUCCUUGAGUUUCAAAUACGUUAGUAUUUAUUUACCUUAAUAUGUUUUAAUAUUUUCUCAUGCACAUUUUCUUUUAGCACGACACCGCGACGACUUCGGUAUAUUUGAUAUUCAUCUAAAGCUUGCAAUGCGGAAUGAGAUUGCGCCGGUGAGAUUAAUAUUGCAGACCAUCAAAAAGAAUUUACAGUUUAAAAAGUGAAGCGACACGUUUUGGACGUUUUUCCCAUUUUAAAUUAAAAUCUCAUUAAUUUUCCAGACUAUUGUUACUCUUAUUUUUAUUACAGUGCAGAGUAACCCCUGCUGGUGCAACUUUAUCGCUUUCUUUUGAUCGUUUGAAUAACUUUCUCGCAGCAUAUAAUGCGGGACAAUGCACGCUUUAUCGAUACUGCCGAUCAAUUUUUGUGAAAUCUCGCGGGCUUAAUGAGACGUAACAUAUCGGGAACGGAACUUCAUUCGAUCCAACACGUAGCACCGCCCUGGAAACAGAGGCGGGAACCGAGAGCUAUUAAUCACCCGUCAGCCGAAGAGGAAAACAAACUUCCACGAUGGUCUGCAGUCUUUCCCACUUUGCCGCAGGAAAAGAUGCGAGUAAAGUAGCCCGCGGGGUUUCCUCCGUACGAAUCGUCGGAGGCGACUAAUUAUUUCGAUCGAUUUGAGAUCCUCACCUCGUGAAUCGAUGUCGGCGCAAGUUCGGGAAAGAAAUCCGGAGCAAAUACUUGGUAAAACCAUUGGAUUCAUAAAACACUGUAUUUCUCCGACUCGUUGUAUUCCAGUCACGUAAUCUCACUAUAUGCUUCGCGAAACAAUACUUCUUCUUUAACAACGCUGCGCGCAACGUGCUGAAAGACAUUUCCAUAAAUUUUUCCUAAAAUCAGCAAAACUAAAUCAGAUCAAGAUUAACGUAAGAGUAAAAAUGCGAUGUUCUAUGAAUCUAACGAUUUUGGAUGCGUGUUUACACCCCAUUUUUAAUCUUAAAAAUGUCGAUUGAGUUACGACACUAGAUAGAAAUGCAAGUACAAGUCUUAAUCUUCGGUAUUGUUCAACGAUACCUCGCGCGAGAGGCAUCGAUCGGGGGAAGUUGAGGGAAGAUCGUGAUGUAUUGGCGCGUACACGAGGACGAUUAGACAAAAUAUUUUUCCACGUGAUGAUUCCUGCGAAAACAUGCGAGUCUGCGUGCGCUCGGUCAACAGAUAGUUCAAGAAAUGCAUUUAUAGUUCGUAAUGCACACACGCAUAUACAUGCACGCAUGAACGCAUCGCCCGAUCGUGCCAAAUCUGCAUUUCCGAUCGACUCAUAUGCAGCUGUUCGUGCUUCACAACGAAUGCGAUAUUUAUUUCCAUCGUCGACGUGCAGGAUGUAAAUAUAUUCGGCAGAAUUAUCAAACAAACGGCAGCGUUACGUUUAUUUUACGAAUGCCGAAGGGGAUGUCUGAAAUCACACACGGUUUGAUAAUCGCACGAGUAUGCACACGACGGCUGCAUAGUUUCCGCUGCCUCGUCCUUUGUAAUGUCUAUUUGCAAACCACUACAUUGCCAAGCGGUUUUCCAUCAAGAUUAUGUGUUAUUCUUCUUUCGCAUGACUAAUCCGUUCUAAAUGUUAACAAUAUUAUAUGCUAAUAUAUGCUCUGUUUACUAAUUUGCAAUUUAGUUGAUCAAAAUAGUGAUAUAAACCAAUAAUAAUAAGUUAUACGUAAUUUAUAUGCCAUUAUGUAUAUAGUGCAUAAUUAUUUUGACAUGUGUAUUUGACAUGAUAUUUAAAAUUUGUCGCGAUAAAAUAGUUAGAAUCUACAUUUGAUAAUUUCACAAUUUUUUUAAAAUUUAGAAAAAUAUAAUUUAUUAUUUCACUCAAUAAGUCGAUAGUUACAUACUCAUCUAUUGGAGAUGCCUUGUUGUGUCUAUUUGUCAGACAAUUUUUUAUUUAACUUUUAAUUAUCUCUAAUUAUAGCUUUAACCAAAAAUUUAAAGUGGACUAAUAGUUUUCUGUGACUCUAAUUCAAUACUCAUUUUUUUAAAUGUUAAGCUUUUAAGAAUGUUUAUAGAAACCUACAAUCUUUGAUUUAGAAAAUAAUAUAUGUAUGUCGUUAUUGUUAUUAAUGUUAUUACAUUAUUGUUAGUAAAAAAUAUAUAGAAACAAUUGCAUAUAUUUGUGUGUUACGACAAAAUUCGACAAAUCUCUUUUGGUCGCCAUCGAUAGACUCGAGUUCGUUACAAGGAAACACGAGUGACUUGUAUAUAUGUAUAGCCGUACAUAUCCGACGCAGCAGUAUUAGCGACAAUGUAUACUUCGUUGACGAGUGUGAUUUGUUUUCAUGUGUCCCUUGGAGCCAUUUCUGCACUAAUGGCUGGCAACGUCACACAGCAGAAUACAAUAAAAAAAUAAAAAAAAAA